AUGUAUUUCAACAAUGAAUUGUCUGAUCUGAAAGAUGGCCUACUUAGCGCGCUGCAAGAUGCAAAUAACUCGCUGAAAUAUGUUAGUUACACGGAUGUUGAAAGGGAUCGAAUAAAUUUCUUUCUAUGGGAGUUAAAAUUUCUUGAUUGUUUUCUCUAUUUGAAAAGCAUCCCUUCUGCAAGUGAAUGCGGUAUGCUACAUGUCUCACAGAAAAUGAUAGAAAUUUGGAAAAGUCAGUGUACUAGAAUACUUAGCAUUUCUCCAGAUUCAGGAAUACAAUACUGGAAGAAGAACGAAAGUAUAAAGAGUCAAUAUCUUGAAGAAGUUGAGGUUGCUUUGGAUUCAUUUGUCUACUGGAAGGAGGUAAUUUGGAAGACUAAGCAAGAAUUCCGAGCCGAAUACUCCUUUCAGAAAACACCACUUGCAGCCAACAAGGUGAUUGAUGAUGAUGAUAUUAAUACUGAUAGCCUCAAAUUUGUGAUGGAAGUCAUCAAUGUUUUUGUGGGGAACAUUAAUGUUCUAGUGAAGAUCAAUGAUCCAUCUUCGUGGUUUUUUGUUCCAGGACACAUGAAGGAACAAAUAGAACAAGUGUUAAAGGAGUUGAAGUUAUUGAGAUUUUUUGUCAGCUUUGUUUCAAACAAAUGUAGUAUACAGCCUCAAUACCGAUGUACUACUUUUUAUACUCAUGCUUUAAUUGAGGCUAGCCACAUCGCAAUGGUUGUCUGGUUGCAUUUGCCAGUCUAUGGCAACGGAAAUCAAGACUUGGCUCCAACUGAAGUCAGUCGUUUGCUUACUGAUUUCAUGGAAAUGAAGAUUAAGUCCAUUCAGCCAGACAUCAGCCGCAACAGUAUUUAUAUUGAUGUUCUGCAAGCUCUGAAGUCAACCAUACCACAAGCUCAAAAUAAGCAUGCAGUUGAGAGUGGCAUUGUGGAAACUCCAACACAAAAUCUGAUGGUUGGUUUGAGUGAUCAAAUGGCCAAACUUCAGGAGAUGCUCUGCCUUCUAAGAGACAAUCUCAUUCAUCUGCCAAUACUAGAUCUGGAAUUUCAUCUUCAAGAUAUGGAUUCUGUUAUUGUUGAUGCAGGACUUCUUAUUUACUCAUUAUAUGAUAUCAAUGGAGAGAAGGAAGACACAGCAUUGGAUGAUAUGAACCGGGCUCUUGAUUUUGAUCUUCCGAGAAACAUUGAGCCUAUCAAGGCGAUGGUCUACCUUGUCAUGCAAAAGGCAUUUCAAUCUAACUUGCCAAGGAUUCAAGGACUAGGCUAUGUCGAUUUUCUAUUGAAAAACCUGAAUGAUUUCCAAGGCCGUUAUUCAGAUUCACUCGCUUUCCUCAAGAAUCAACUUCAAGUUAUUCAAACGGAAUUUGAGAGCAUGCAACCUUUCUUGAAGUUUGUCGUAGAAGAGCCACACAAUAAGCUCCAGACACUGAAUGAAGAUUGUGCUACACAGAUAAUUAGGAAAGCAUAUGAGGUGGAAUAUGUAAUUGAUGCUUGUUUAAGAAAAGAGGUUCCUCAGUGGUGCAUCGAGCGUUGGCUCCUGGAUAUCAUAGAGGAGAUUACUUGUAUCAAAGCAACAAUUCAGGAAAAGAACACGGUUGAGGAUACAAUGAAGACUGUCAUUGACUCGUACAUCAUCACAAUUGGCAAGGACUCCAAGGAUGAAUGA